AUGUGCAGAAUUGUCUCGGAUAGAGUUAGCAGUGCACUUAUCCUCGAGGACGACGCGGACUGGGAUAUAACUCUGAAAGCUCAAAUGCUUGAAUUUGCUCGCGGCACAAGAGCAGUCCAAGAGGACAGAUGGGCCCGUGGCGGGCGAAAAAGCCGUACCACUCCACCAGGGACACCCUCCCCUUAUGGCGACGACUGGGAUAUGUUGUGGCUUGGAUUUUGCGGAAUAGAUUCUCGAGAAGACGAGCGACUAUUUUACAUCAUACCCGACGACCCAACCGCACCGCCCGUUUCUCGUCGCACAGAUUUCAAACAUCCAUUUCUAGUCGACAAUAGCCAAAUGCAACAAGCCCGUCUGGUUUUCGACGCCGUCGGUGGAGUGUGUACAGCAGGAUAUGCAGUGACAUACGACGGCGCACGCAAGAUUCUCGCUCAUCUGUCCAUGGCUCCGUUGAAUGAACCUGUAGAUGUGGCGUAUGGAGCAAUGUGUGACUAUACAGGCGCAGACGACAAUUUCCGCUGCCUGGCACCAUAUCCUCCGCUGAUUGGAACCUGGAGACAGACUGGGUCUAGUGAAGGCGACUCGGAUAUCUAUUACACAGGGGAUGAGUGGCAUGAGGCGUACUCCGAAGGUAUCGUGUACAGUGUCAUGCUGAAUGCUCAGCGCUUAGCAAACGGCGAGGAAACGUGCCUAACACAAUGGGAGGAGACAGAGCAUCUGGAAAUUGAUCCGUCGGACUUUGUGUCGCCUCGAGGCUUCCUAUAUGAGCGACAGGUACCAGAAGCUCGGCCGACAUUAUCACAGUCCGAGUCUUCAUUCAACUCUCCUAACAGCAUCACCCCCCCGGGCUCUCCGACGUUAUCAUUCUCUCCUUCUCCUAGCAUUCAUGUGGACAACUAUCUUACCUAUGAUGUAUUAGAGUAGCUUUCUGCAAUCAAA